AUGGCGACAUUGUCACCGCGCUCGUCAACCACCAGCGCCCCCCCUCCACUAAACAACGACCCCACCAGCCCCCAGACCUCGGCCAAAUCAACGAGAAAGCUGGUAUGGAGGCUCUACGUCUCCCACACGCUGUCCACGUUCAAUGCGCGAACAUUUGAAUUCGGUGCAGUCAUCUUCCUCGCAGCUAUCUUUCCUGGAACCCUGUUCUUCGCCUCUUGCUAUGCGCUUUUCCGCUCUGCAGCUGCAGCUCUGCUUGGAUCCUGGAUUGGCAACCAAGUUGAUCGCAAAGACCGGCUUUACAUCGUCCGACAAAGCAUAGUAUGGCAACGACUUAGUGUGGCGACUUCGUGCUUCAUCUUGGUGCUCAUGCUACGCGAUGGGGCAGAGAAGAGCUAUCUCAUGUACACUCUAUUCACCGCUAGCGUCGUCUUGGCCUGUUUCGAGAAACUUGCCUUCGUAGCAAACACCGUGGCUGUGGAACGCGAUUGGAUUAUCGUUGUUUCUGAUAGCCUAGGAAUUGAUCGGCAAGAGCUGAACAGUGCAAUGAGGAGAAUCGACUUGGUUUGUAAACUCAUCGCUCCUGUGGGAAUUGGACUUCUCGACGGCUAUUCUACUCGCGUCGCCAUCUGGGUGGUCUUUGGGCAGAAUGCUCUGAGCGUCCUCAUCGAGUACUUUGCCAUUGCCCAAGUUUACACCGCGGUCCCGGAACUACAGCGAGCAAAACAGCAGGAGACGGGAUGUCGUUCGCAUAGUGAAACGCCAACCGAGGAUCAGAAUGUCUCAGCACUACCCAAACACCACACGACAUCUCUAAGCCCGUACCUCACAUACAUCCAAAACCCCGCUUUCCUCGCCUCAUUUUCCCUCUCCCUUCUUUACCUCACCGUCCUCAGCUUCUCAGGCCAAAUGACAACUUACCUCCUCACUCUCGGCUACACCAGUACCUCCAUCUCCCUCAUGCGGCUUGUCUCCGUGGUUCUCGAAGUCUCGGCUACAUGUGCCGCACCAUGGCUUAUGAGUCGGAUCGGAGCCGUACGAUCUGGACUCUGGUUUAUUAAUGAACAAGUUGCAUCUCUCGCACUGGCCAUUGGACUCUUCUCAUCAGCUGGGGCUGGAUCAGGGACAGAUGCAGUGACCAUGAACACGAAAAUAGCGGGCGCAGUGCUGGUCGCGGGUGUUUGUCUAAGUCGACUUGGACUAUGGGGCUUCGAUCUCAGCGUGCAAUUUCUGGUGCAGGAAGAUGCUCCUCCCUCCUCACGCGGCUCCUUCUCCGCCAUCGAAAUGAGCCUGCAAAACCUUUUUGAACUCCUCUCCUUCGCGACAACGAUGGUGUGGUACAGACCUCAGGACUUCAAGAUUCCUGUGUACAUUAGCGCGGGCGCUGUAGCACUCAGCGCAGUGUGCUUUGCGGGCUUUGUGAGGCAGAAGAGAGGCCAUUUGUUGCACACGGAUCGGUGUCUGCAAAGGAUGAGGAAGGGCAGAAAGGGUUAUAAAGCACUGACGUUGCCGACGAUUGAAGAAGAAGUAGAGAUGGAUGAUGGACCCCAGAGUUCUGCUAGACACUGA